AUGCCUCCGCUUACUGCGACCGCCGACCACGUGAAGCCGUUCGUGCUUGUGCCUGUGAAAGCGAGCGACAUCGGAGCCCGGGAAUCCACUACCGAGCAUGACGGUUGGCUCGAAAAAGUUUUCGAGCGUCAGGAGGCUGCAGAGCCGACGAAGGCCAAGAGUAACUUCAUCCAGCGGACGCUAAAGAGUCUGACACCCCACCAAAGCAAAGUCGACGUCGUGACUGCCAAGAAGGACUCGUACGACGAGCACAGCUACAAGGAGGAGCUGCAAAAGUACAUCGCCGAGUCGUCUGCGAAUCUGCGCUACGAUGACGAAGAGCCGCUCAACAGCUCGGACGAGGACACGUCGGACGAAGACAUUUCUCCCCGCAAUGCCGAGAUCAUCGACUUCUCGGCGUCCAUCGUCUCAACUACGUCGGACAAGGUGCAGGAAUACGUCGAGCCGCCAGUGGAAGUGCCGCGUAAAUACCGCACCCAGGAUCGUCAAGGCGGGGUGCUCGUGGCUGGCCACCACGUGCUGUUCACGAACUGGGCGUUCAAGCGUGAAAUGCGCCACCUGGGGCGUCUAGGACCGCUCCCAGAGCGCGGUGAGGCGGAUCUCCCCUCGAUGGACCAAGCAAAAGAGGAGUUUGCGGGCUUCUACGCCGGCAAGAUCGUCGAGCUCUAG